UGAAGUUAUUAAAAAACAAAAUGGCGUCUAGCUUGCCCCGUCCUGAAAGUUGGAAAUGGUAUCAUUGGUUUUCAGCCAAUAGAUUGAGAUCAUGGAGUCCUACAGCUCUCGCAUUGUUGGCAGGUGCUGGAGUGACACUUGUUUAUAUGACUGACUGGCAAGUAGUCCUGAGAUACGUCCCGUAUGUGAGGGGAAAGUUCCCUCCAAUAGAAGAAACGCCUGCUGGGAAUGAAGAAGAAGGGGGAGACUGACUAAUAAAUAUCAUAGAUAGUAUUUAAUGCAUUUUGUUAUGUUAUUAGUUGACACUUAUUUACGAUUAGGGCGUGGCCCAGUUUAGUCCUAUGAAUAUUUAAUUAGAUUUUAUGGGCGUGGUAUUAAUUAUGGCGGAUUCUGCAGCAGGCACUGAAGAUAAAAAUCAUGAGAAAAGUGGCUAUUCUCCUGUUUUAGAAGAAACACUUUUCGUUGCAAAAGCUGGGCUAAGAUUAAGAAUGAGUGAAGUGGCCAUUGCUACAGCUCUACAAUAUUAUCACACCUUUCAGAGCACCAUGGAAAAGAACCGCUUUGAUGAGAAUUUGGUUGCAAUGGCUUGUCUCUUCCUUGCUGCUAAAGCUCAGGAGGUUUCAUUAAGACUAAGUGACCUUGUUAACACCUGCUACCAUAUACUUCAUCAUGAUAAGCCACAGCUUGAAGUAUCUAGUCUCUACUGGCAGUUAAAGGAAAGUGUUGCUAAAAUGGAACUAGUACUUUUAAGAGCUUUAAAAUUCGAAUUUCAAUUAGAUCUUCCGCAUAGAUAUCUUCUCCAUCACUUGCUCUCUCUCUCCCACUGGGUCGAACCCUCUCAAUGGCACUCAAGUCACGUGACCAGGUUGUCAUGGUCCCUCCUUCAAGACUCCUUUCACACGACACUAAACCACAUACACCCACCAAACAAAAUGGCCGUCGCAGUUCUCUACCUAGCGGUGAAGGUUUCUAGACUCGUGAUACCUUCACCAGGAUCAAGAUACCAAUGGUGGGAGGUGAUGUGUCCUGGAGUGACAGAGCCAGAACUGCAGACAUUGUGUGAGGCAAUAAUGAAUUUAUAUCAAAAUGAAAAAUGAUUAAUUACUCUGUAAUAUAAUUACAUGUAUGUAUGUAUUAUUUUUAAUACUUUGCAUAUGGAAAUUUUUCAUCAAUGAUGCGAUCAGUCGUUACUAUGUUUAAA